AUCGACAGUCAUACUUCAUUGAAUUAAAACCCUGAAAAAGCACGAUUGUCGAAUACACAUUGUAUAGUUAAUAAUAUAAAUAAACGACCAUGUGAAAAAUAUCGACAUUAUUUGUACAUCGAAUUACAAAUGGAAAAUAAUACGUUCGGAACAUUUAAGUCAAGAACGGAAUUGUUGAAUAGGUAUUCGCUAUAAAGUGUCAACUUGUGUAUCAAUAUGGCGGCGAGUUUCGAGGAAGAGCAAAGUUUAAGAGAGUGCGAGGAAUACGUACAGAGACACAAUAUUCAACAAGUUUUGAAAGACUGUAUAGUACAGCUGUGUGUGGGACGUCCUGAAAAUCCCAUAUCAUUCUUGAGAGAAUACUUUCAAAAACUGGAACGGGAGCAGGCUCACGAUGCUAAGCAACAGAUCGCAAUCAGUCCAGAGGAUACCGAGGACAUACCUGCUGGACAACAAGGCCCUCAAGUUCCGAGGCGAAGAGGAGGCAUCUCCGCGGAGCCGGUAUCCGAAGAAGAUGCGACCAGUUAUGUCAAGAAAGUCGUACCGAAGGAUUACAAAACAAUGGCUGCCUUGAGCAAAGCUAUCGCCAAAAAUGUUCUCUUCGCUCAUCUCGACGAGAAUGAACGUUCUGACAUUUUUGACGCCAUGUUCCCUGUCACGUUUUUACCCGGAGAGGCAAUUAUUCGCCAAGGCGACGAAGGUGACAAUUUUUACGUUAUUGAUCAAGGAGAGGUCGAAAUCUUUGUCAAUGGUGAAUUAGCCACAACAAUAGGAGAAGGUGGAAGUUUUGGUGAACUUGCGUUGAUAUAUGGGACACCGCGUGCCGCGACUGUUCGAGCGAAGACAGAUGUAAAAUUAUGGGGUAUCGAUAGAGAUUCCUAUCGAAGAAUUCUCAUGGGAUCUACUAUAAGGAAGCGAAAGAUGUACGAAGAAUUCCUCUCCAGAGUUUCAAUUUUAGAAUCUUUGGACAAGUGGGAACGGCUCACGGUGGCCGAUGCUUUAGAACCGGUGGCAUUUGACGACGGUGAGACAAUAGUUCGGCAGGGUGAACCAGGUGAAGAUUUUUACAUAAUCGUCGAAGGCACAGCUGUUGUCCUCCAACAACGUUCGGAGGGUGAAGAACCAGCGGAAGUUGGUCGUUUAGGACCAUCUGAUUAUUUCGGUGAAAUUGCAUUGUUAUUGGACAGGCCGAGAGCAGCGACUGUUGUGGCACGAGGUCCUUUGAAAUGUGUGAAACUCGAUCGAGCAAGAUUCGAGCGAGUUUUAGGUCCGUGCGCGGAUAUUUUGAAACGCAACAUCACUCAGUAUAACAGUUUCGUAUCCCUAUCCGUAUAAAUUACCGUGCCGGCAACAUUAUCAGCCACCCUGAUUUCUUUUUAUGAAAGUACGUUUCACUUUUAAUAUUUUUUAUUUGAGUAAUGAUGUAAGUAAUAAUUGUACUAUGUCGGGUAACGAUAUUUGCGUUAAGAAUUAUAUAUGUUGUCCAUUAAAAUUAGAUAAUGCGACGAUU